GCGAUAGCCGUAAAGUAAAAACUAAAGAUAAUUUUUGAUUUUUUUUUUUUGGAUUUUAUUUUGUUCCAACUUCCAAUGGUGUGGGUCUGAUAGGUCUUUUGAGUAGAGAGAAGCAUAACCACUGAUAGUUUUUAGGGUUCCGUAGCCAAAUGGCAAAAAACGGAACCCUUAUAGAUUCGUCAUGUCCGUCUGUCUGUCCGAUUAUGUCACAGCCACUUUUUUAUUUCUUCUAUUUGUCUCGUUAAAUCUACCGUUUCUUAAACAGCCUGUUUAUGUCACUAUCUCAUUAUCAUCGCCAUUAAACAACUUCCACAAAUAAUCGUAAUCUCUGCUCUUUGUGUGUUUGUCUUCCUUGUGCAAUAGAGGUACUGCAUAAUUAAUAGAAAGAUAUUAAAUUUUAUUCAGUAACUAGUCUUUUGGCAAACCUCCCAUGGAUCGCCAAUUUUCCAAAUAAAUGUUGCCACCUUAAAUCAGAAAUAGAAUUAUCACACAAGGUGUAAAUUGUUGUUGGAAGGUUUCAAAAUAAAAAUUAGGGAUGGGGGUCCAAAAGAAACUUGAUAAAGAAAGUGGACAUACGUAUGUGCAAUGGCUGUCUGGUGUCGUUGCAAACUCUACAAUGUUUACCUACGGCCUACAAGCUGGCUGGAUUUCGCCCUCCGCUAAGGUCCUGCAGUCCAGCGCCUCACCGACGGGCGCUCCGCUGUCGGACUCCACGCUGGGCUGGGUUGCUAGCCUCAUGCCCAUCACUGCCCUCUUCACAGUGCCUCUUUUUGCAUUCCUCGCUGACAGGAUUGGUAGGAAGAACAGCUUAUUGCUUAUGACUCUUCCGCAGCUGGGAUGCUGGCUUCUCAAGCUGUUCGCCACGAACUUGACCUGCCUCAUCAUAGCCAGGAUACUGUUCGGCAUAUCAGCCGCCGGCUGCUUCAGCGUCGUGCCCAUGUACAACAGGGAGAUUGCUCGGGAUGAUAUCAGAGGGCGCAUGGGUUCCAUGCUGGUCUUCUUUCUUAAUCUAGGUGUACUAGCAAUGUAUGGAAUGGGCGUGUGCCUGGACUAUUACACGGUGUUAUAUGUCGUGGUCUGGAUGCCGGUCUUGACUUUUUUCUUUAUGCUGCUGUGCCCGGAGUCUCCCGGAUACUUAGUGAAGAUUGGGCGGUUUGAUGAUGCAGCCAAAAACUUGUCACAUCUCAGAGGUCUACCCAUUUGUGACAAAUCUCUGCAAGGUGAACUAGACUACAUGAGGAAGCAGGACGAAUAUUACAAGACGCUUCCGAAUCUCUCGUUAAUUGUUAUUUUGAAAAAUAAGGCCUGGCGCAAGGCCUACCUGAUCGCCACGCUCCUCAUAAGCGUCCAGGCUCUGGCCGGCAACUUCGCGCUGGUGACCUACGGCGCCAACAUCCUGUCGGCGGUGGUCGACAUGAACGCUGAGCUGCAGACGCUUAGCUUCCCUAUUAUCAUGAUGCUCGGCUCCAUCGUAUCUAUUUGCGUCAUGGAACGUGCCAGAAGGAAGAUAAUCCUCCUAUUCUCCUACGUGGUAGCAGGCUUAUCGCUGGCCAGCCUGGCGACGAUGAUGAUGUUGCCCGAUAUUGCACCAGGAUGGCUGUUGUUGCUGGUCAUUGCCUGUUCCAUGUUCGUGUACGCUUUGGCUGUGCUGCCUGGCCCAGUUAUUGUCAUGUCUGAGAUUUUCAACAUUCAGAUCCGAGCAAAGCUAAUAGGCGUAGUCACAUGCCAGGCAUGGUUCAUGAGCUUCACUCAGCUGGCUACCUUCGCUCCAAUCACAGCGGCCCUGGGCAUGCACACAUACUUUUACAUAUGCGCAUCGAUGAAUCUCCUCGGCAUUACUACAGUCCUGGUACUCAUGCCCGAGACCAGAGGGAAGAGCAUUGAGGAAAUAGAGGAUGAAUUGAAGAAAUGAAUUUCGAAAUGCAAAUGUCACGAAUCUUCGACUAAACUUUGUGUCAUGUCAUGUUGAUCUCCAGCUAUUUGGUUUUUUUUUUGUGAUGACUCUGAUGACUAUGUGAAAUAAGCAUGUUUUUUUUAAA